UGGCAGACAUUACGGUAGACUUUACGACAGCAACUGUUUCUUCCCUUUGGCAUGCGUAACCACUUCCUUCAUUCACAGCCACUGAAACAAAAAAAAUCUGGGAAACAUGUCUGAACUCCAGAGAAAGAUCGUCAACACUACAUCAGCCCCGGCUGCCAUCGGCCCGUACAGUCAGGCGGUGGUUGUGGACAGAACUAUGUACAUCUCCGGUCAGCUGGGGCUGGACGUGGCCUCAGGUCAGCUGGUAGACGGAGGAGUCCAGGCCCAGGCUAAACAGGCUCUCAUCAAUAUGGGGGAGAUCCUUAAAGCUGCCGGCUGCAACUACGGCAACGUGGUGAAGACUACCGUGCUGCUCGCAGAUAUAAACGACUUUAACGCAGUCAAUGAGGUCUACAAGACAUUUUUCAGCAGUAACUUCCCUGCCAGAGCCGCCUACCAAGUCGCUGCUCUCCCCAGAGGUGGACUGGUGGAAAUCGAGGCGAUCGCUGUUCUCGGCCCUCUCUCAGACUCCUGACUAGCCGGCCACAUCACAAACAAGUUAUAGUCUAACCGCCAACUGGCCUCAUAGUUGUACUGUGGAAGAUUUACUGUAUUUCCAGAUGACAAAUGGAAGACCAAACUAGAACCUAACCUGUUGACUUUCUUUUUCCAUAUUGUCAGGUUUAAGCAUAAAGUUGUUUUUCUUCUGACCACUGUUGACUGCA